AUGAGCGGCGUGAUGUCGGAUCUGGACCGUCAGAUCGAGCAGCUGAGGCGAUGUGAGCCGUUGAAGGAGUCGGAGGUGAAAGCGCUGUGCAUGAAAGCCAUGGAGGUUCUGGUGGAGGAGAGCAACGUGCAACGAGUCGACUCGCCUGUAACACUCUGUGGCGACAUCCACGGGCAGUUUUACGACAUGAUGGAGCUCUUCAAAGUGGGCGGCGACUGUCCACAAACGAAUUACCUCUUUAUGGGGGAUUUCGUGGACCGGGGGUUCUACUCCGUUGAGACCUUCCUCCUCCUCCUAGCACUCAAGGUGCGGUAUCCUGACAGAAUCACACUUAUCAGAGGGAACCACGAGAGCCGGCAAAUAACACAGGUGUAUGGCUUUUACGACGAGUGUUUGCGCAAGUAUGGAUCGGUGAACGUGUGGCGAUACUGCACCGACAUAUUUGACUACCUCAGCCUGUCAGCUCUGGUAGACAAUCAAAUCUUCUGUGUGCACGGAGGUCUCUCGCCUUCCAUCACCUCUCUAGACCAGAUCCGAGUGAUCGACAGAAAGCAAGAGGUGCCUCACGACGGGGCCAUGUGCGAUCUGCUCUGGUCUGAUCCAGAGGAGAUCGACGGCUGGGGGCUGAGCCCGCGCGGCGCGGGUUACCUAUUCGGUGGUGACGUGGUAACCAGCUUCAACCACAACAACAGCGUGGAUGUGAUUGCGCGGGCGCACCAGCUGGUGAUGGAGGGGUACAAGUGGAUGUUCAACCAGCAGCUUGUUACUGUCUGGUCCGCCCCCAACUAUUGCUACCGGUGUGGCAACGUGGCGGCUAUUUUGGAGCUGAAUGAGAAUCUGGAGAAGAAGUUCCGCGUGUUUGAGGCUGCACCGCAGGGGCACGCGGUUUGUGAGCGCAGGUGUGGCAAUGUGGCGGCUAUUCUGGAGCUGAAUGAGAGUCUGGAGAAGAAGUUCCGCGUGUUUGAGGCUGCACCGCAGGAUGCCAGAGGAGCUCCCUCCAGACGGCCUGCUCCUGAUCACUUUGAAGCCUUCCCAGAUACCAUUUCGAUGUCGACUCGCAUGGUUCGUCGUUUACUGGAGCAGCAGCAGCGAGAAACGGAAAGCGUGAAGCUGAAGGCGGCUGGCCGCGGCUGUGAGGGGGAGCGCGCGGGGGCUGCGGCAGGGGAAGGGGGGCGAGCGGAGGAAGGGGAGAGGGAUGAAGGAGAGGAGAGGGAGGACGAGGAGGAGGAGGAAGAGGAGGAGGAUGAGGGUGAUUCGAGGCUGAUAGCGGCUGCACGGAACGCGUUCGACCUUCUAGACAUGGAUGUACGUGCUGCGUGCUGGGCCGCGCAACUGCGGCCUGGUGAGACGGGCGAGGGAGAGUCGGAGGUAGGCGAGGAGGAGGAGGAAGAGGAGGAGAAAGGGAGCACUGCAGGUGGCGGUGAGAGCAGGGAUGCGAAGGGGCAGCGGAAUGAAAAGGAAGAGGAAGAAGGGGAAGGGGAGGAGGAGGCGGAGGAGGAGGAGGAGGAGGAGCGUAGACGGAUGGAGAGGCAACGGAAGAGUGGCAAGAAGAAAAAGAAGGGGAAGGGGAAGAAGAAGGGAGGAACGGGAGGAGGGGGAGAGGAUACAGGAGCAGUGGGAGGGAAGCAGAGGAACUUAGAUCGAGGUGGAGGGGGAGUCGGUGGGGCAGGAGAAGACACUGAAAUAGAGCGCGCUUUGGCUGCCAUCGAGGGCCAAGCAGCAGCAGCAGCAGUAGCGACACCAGCGGAUUCUAUGACGUCAUCAGCAGCGGCAGCGGCAGCUGGGGGGGGUCCUGUGACGUCAGCGCGACCGCUUCUAGCAGUGGAGAUCCGGUUCCUGCGAGCAGAUGACGAGCUGAAGCGCAUCUUUGGCUCCAAGGUCAUCCGGCAGGUGGAGAGGCAAGCAGGGGGAGGAGAAGGAGGCGCAGGAGGAGCAGGAGGGAUGGGUGUGAGGGGAGGCGUGCGGGGGAGGCGUGGAGGAGGGGUGGGAGGGAGAGGGGGAGGGGGAGGGGGAGGGGGUGUGGGGAGGAGGGCGUUGCUGGUGCAGGAGAGGGAGCACUGGCCGCCAGGUGCAGUGGCGGAGAAAGGGCUCACUAUGGAGUUUGUGCGCGAGAGCAAGGGUACUGGCCCUGCUGCCGCUGCCGCUGCCGCUGGUGCUGCUGCUGGUGAUGGUGCUGGGGGUGUGGAUGGGGCUUGUGCUUUCCCGGCGCUCCCCGUGCGUGUGUUUCGCUACGUGCGGUCGGCCACCUACCGCGCGACGCAGCACCUGUUUGAGCAGACGGUGGCCUCGCACGACCCCAACCAGCUCUCCCUCUUUGUCGCCCAUCAUCCUUACCACGUGGAGGGGUUAUUGGCGCUCUCUGAAGUGUACAAGCAGGUGGGCGAGGUGCAGACAUCAGCAGACCUCCUUGAGAGAGCGCUUUCCGUGCUGGAGGCGGCGUGGCAUCCCUGGUUCAACCCGUCUCUGGGCACAUGCCGCGUUCAUUGCCGCUCUUCCUACUGGAAGCAGCGUGGCAUCCCUAGUUGGUUCAACCCCUCGCUGGGGACUUGCCGCCUGAAGAAUUCCCACGAGCCCAAUCGAGCGCUCUUUGAUGCUCUCUUCCGUCACAUGCACCACAUGGGUCGCAGGGGCUGCUGGAGCUGCCAUUUUCGUCUCGUGCGCCUUUCACCCUCUCUUUUCUCCCCCAACCAGCUUGGAGUUCGCCCACGAGCCCAACAGGGCGCUCUUCGAUGCUCUCUUCCGUCACAUGCACCACGUGGGUCGCAGGGGGCUGCAUGGGCCGCCGUUCUUCUCUCAUCCCUGUGCCUCCUCCCCACUCCCUGUGUCUCAUGUCUUGAAGCACUGUUUGCUUUGCCUGUCCCAUUCCCUCCCGCCCCCAGCUUGGAGUUUUCCCACGAGCCCAACCGUGCGCUCUUCGACGCGCUCUUUCGCCACAUGCACCACGUGGGACGCAGGGGCUGCCACCGCGCUGCUUUUGAGCUCUGCCGCCUGCUGCUCUCAUUAGACCCGGACACCGACCCGCUCGGUGCGCUCCAGGUGGGUGGCUGCCUACAGUCAUUGGGUCGCAGGGGCUGCCACCGCGCUGCCUUUGAGCUCUGCCGCCUGCUGCUCUCCCUCGACCCUGACACCGACCCCCUUGGCGCUCUCCAGAGGCCUCGCAGGGGCUGCCACCGCGCUGCCUUUGAGCUCUGCCGCCUGCUGCUCUCCCUCGACCCCGACACCGACCCUCUUGGGGCUCUCCAGACCCGGACACCGACCCGCUCGGUGCCCUCCAGGUGGGUGGGUGUGGCUGACUCUUCUCUGCUAGGUGCUGCCUAUCUGCUGUCAGUGGGUCGCAGGGGCUGCCACCGCGCUGCCUUUGAGCUCUGCCGCCUGCUGCUCUCGCUUGACCCGGACACCGACCCUCUUGGUGCCCUGCAGCUUAUACUGCCUCGCCUGCUUGCGUUUCCUCCUCUCCCUUCCCUCUCUCUACCCAACUCGCCUAAUCCCCCAUCUUCUUUCUUACAUCCCCUUUUCUUCCCCUCUCUUUUCCCGCGUUCCGGCUUACUCCUUCCCCGGUGUCCUCCACCCAUCUUUGCUCUCAGAGCACGCCAGCUCACCUCCUCUCCCUGCCUCCCUUAUCCCCCCUCCCCCCAACCCCUUUUUUCCCCACGCUCAACCCCCAACCUCUCACCCAUCGCACCUCCCCACUCUCCUACGCUCUCAGAACUCGCUAUUUCACCUCCUCUUCCUGCCUCUCCCAUCCCCAACCCCCCUCGCUUAGACUUCUAUGCUCUCAGGGCGCGCCAAUUCACCUCCCUGCACAAUCUCUCCGCUCUUCCUCCUCUGCCUCUUCAUUCCCCCUCAACUCACAAUCCACCCCCACCCCCAUCCCCUUCUUCCACAUCCAUCAAGCGCGCCAAUUCACCUUCAUUCACUCCCCAUUCGUCUUUUCCCUCUCGUUACCCACCUUCUUGCCACACUUUCUCCCCCCACCCUCUAUCACACCCACCCACCCAUCAGUGCAUAGACUUCUACGCCCUCAGAGCACGCCAGUUCACCUGGCUGCACGAUUUCGUGGACCAAUGGGGGGGCGACACGUCACUGGCUGUGCUGCCAAACUUCUGCUUCGCUCUGGCCCAGGCGAGGCUUGGGGAGGCCGAGGGGGAUGGGGAGGGGGGAGAGGGGAGUGGGGAGGCAACCAAUGGCGUGGCGCCAGCUGGAAGGAACCGUGCUGCCGCCGCCGCUGCUGCUGCUGCUCCUGACGCCGCGUCGCUCCUGCGCGAUGCCCUCUUCCUGCACCCGUACGCUCUCAUGCCUCCCAUCCCCUUGAACGUCUCUUCUCUCUUCUCCCUCUCCUGCGCGACGCUCUCUUCCUGCACCCCUACGUCCUCAACGGGCUGCUACGUCCUCAAUGGGCUGGUAGAGAAGGCCCCGAUCAAGACCGACGCAUCCUGGACGUCCAUUCUUAAGCACCCGCUCUUUGCCAGGACGACACCUGGCAGCGCGACAUUGGAGCAUCUGGGCGUGCAGGCGCUGCUCAAGAAGAACCGUCCCUCUAGUAACCAUUCCCCUCCUCCCCCUUUCCCAUCCUUGCCUCCCCCCUCCCUUUCUCCCUUCCUCUCCUCCUCCCUCCUCCCACCAGGUACGUACGUGCUCAAGGGGCUGGUAGAGAAGGCCCCGAUCAAGACCGACGCGUCGUGGGCCCAGAUCCUCAAGCACCCACUCUUUGCCAAGGCGACACCUGGCAGCGCGUCAUUGGAGCAUCUGGUGCGGCUGUACGUGGAGCGCAGUGCCGUGCUGUGGCGGGGGGACGCCGUUCAAAACCUGCUCAAGCGGGUGGCGGGUGACGUGGUGGCGACGGUGGAGAGGGAGAGGCGGGAGGGCGGCGGGGACGGGGAGAUGGAGAGCUGGAAGUGCGUGCGGGAGGUGUCUUUCCCGUCGUCAAGACAGAACGAAUACCGCCACCUGCUGCUAUCCGACUUUUCCGACGUCGCCCCCACUCUGCCGCCCGAGGAGCUCAUGGCGAUGCAACAAGACGAAGCCGGCCGGCAGCGCCGCCCGGGAGCCCACGGCCUCGGCUUCUUGAUUGGUGCAGGCGCUGGCGCUGCUGGUGGGGGUGGGGGCGGCGGAGGGGGAGGCGGAGGGGGAGGAGGAGGGGCAGGGGGAGGAGGGGCAGGGCAUGGGCAGCAGCAGGUGGAUCUAGCAGGGCGGAACCCACUGAUGGUGUUUCUAGAGGCGAUGCUACCGUGGAACGACUUUGGGGGAGCUGGGGGUGCCGGGGGGGACAUGGGGGUGAAUGUUGAGGCACAGCAGGCUGCUUUGGCUGCUGCUGCUGCCGCUGCAGCUGCUGCUGCUGCUGCUGAUGAUGAUGAUGGUGAUGGGGAGGAGGAUGAGGAUGGAGACCAUGAUGAUAUUGAAGAGAUUGAAAUGGAGGAGAGGCGAUAG